GUUGUGUAUACCGAUUCGCUUUGGAGAUAUGGUAUUUUGAUUUCGCCAAUAGAAAUGAGUGAAUAUUAAAUAAAAGUUUAUAUAAAAAUAAUGUUUUGGGUAAAAGAAGGAUAUCUAAAUUGCAGUUUAACGUGAGUUAGUUUAAAUAUAUAUUUUUAAAUGUGGUGACCAGAAACCAGAGCUUUACAGGCAAUUUGUGCUUUACAUGUUUUUAAUAGUCUCCACUAACAUUUUAUUCAAACGUCAGCGUUUCUUGGACAUCUAAGUGAAAAUAAAACUAAUAUAGCUUACAGUUUGUAAAUUGUGUUGGCUAACAAUUAACAUUCCAUGCCAUAAUUUAAAUAUAAGACGUUCAUUGUUUUGGAGUAUGGUGAACUAAGCGUACUUAUACAUGACAGCUUUUUAAAAUAAGAGAUGGAUUGGAUCUUAGUCUGAUACUGAGCAUACAGUCUGCGUCACAUUUCUUAAGGAUUACAUCUCGGCGCUGGAUAUAUAGCUACCGGGGAAGAGCGCUGAUCUGCCGAGCACCUGUUGUAUCGGUGGCAAACACUGUGAGGGGACUAUGUUUCAGGGACUGUUAAUAUUAGUUACCUGUAGGGAUUUUUAGAGGAACGAAAUUAUUAAUGACAUUUAUUCAUUUCAGUACUCCGAUCCAGUACUGCUUUACCUGCAAUUAAUUUAUACGGGAAGCUAUUAAUUAGAAUGGAUAUAUUUCACACUGUAAUUAAUUUGAAUUGUAAAAACAAAGAUUUGGUGUGUAUUAAGGUCCAGAGCGAGAGACGUAAUAUAUGAGUUGUUUCUGACGUGCCGAGGGAGAGAGCUCGGUGACCCAGCAUAUGUCUUACCACGAACAAGAUGGUGGAUCGGUUGUCCAAAAUUGAAAUUAUUCUGUGUAUUGUGAUAUUUUAUAUUUGUCAGUCUAGUUCACAUUUGCGGAGACGUGAACCUAAACCUAGUAGACCCGUGUGGAAUUCCGGAAAUUCUGGAAUAAACGCCGGAGGUCUUCCAGUGAAUAGCCAUGGAGGCUAUAUACCUACACCAACGCCAAAACCGCACAUCCAGACUCGGGUCGUGUCUGGUGGGGGGGGAUCAAGUCGAAGGGUGUUUAUAUCUGCAACUGGGUCAGGAGCUUCCCGAGACGCAUUGAUGGAACAGAUGAGGAAGAUGCUCAAAGAUCAACAGGACCGCAUAAAGAAACAGGGCGGAAAUGGAAAGUUCAUUAUAACGAGUCACACCUCACACAUAAUUCAGAGUGCACCACAAGUGGUCCAGGGCCCGGCACCAGCGCCUCAGCCAAAACAGCCUUAUCAGAGUUCAAAGCCACUGACGCCGUCGAAGUUUACUGCGCAGGAAAAAGCAACCCUAUUGAAGUACCACAAUGACGUAAGACAAAAGCUUAACCCUCCUCCGAAGGUUAUGGAACAGAUGCAAUGGAGCGACGUCUUGGCGGGAAAGGCACAGGAGUACGCAGAGCAGUGUGAAUGGCAGCACAGUGACAAAUCUGGUCGGAGAGAUAAACUUGGUUAUCGCUUUGUAGGGGAGAACCUGUACAUUUCAACAUCAUAUGGAGUGACGAAGAGUGUGAAAAGUUGGGCGGACGAAAAGGCGUUCUACGAUUACUGGGCCAAUACAUGUGUCCCUGGUCAGCAGUGUGGACACUAUACACAGAUGAUUUGGGCGACAACGAACAUGGUUGGCUGUGGAAUUCAUUUCUGUAAGAAGGUAGCGUUCUGGAGACGAGGUGACGCUUACUAUGUCGUAUGCAACUACGGACCUGGAGGAAAUAUCAAUGGUGCUCGACCAUACGAAGCUAAAACUAGCGGAAGUAGUAAUACUGGAAACAGUGACGGCAGCGUCAACAACUGGAGAAGUCAGACAAUCAGUAAAACCGUCCAGGAUAACUGGGGCACCCAGACAAAUAUCGGCAGCAGUGGAACUAACGGGAACGUUCACAGUAAUGGGUUAGCCAAGGUUGCGCCAUUGCCUCGGAAAAAACAAGCUGACAAGAGUACAAAGCCACCGACGACGUUUACUCCACAAGAACAAGCGACGUUAUUGAAGUACCACAAUGAUGUAAGACGGAAUCUGAACCCUCCUCCGAAGGUUAUGGAACAGAUGCAAUGGAGCGACGCCCUGGCUAAAAAAGCUCAGGAGUACGCAGAGAAGUGUGAGUGGCAACACAGUGACAAAUCUGGUCGGAGAGAUAAGCUUGGCUAUCGCUUUAUCGGGGAGAACCUGUACAUUUCCACAUCAUAUGGAGUGACGAAGAGUGUGAAGAGUUGGGCGGACGAAAAGGCGUUCUACGAUUACUGGGCCAAUACAUGUGUCCCUGGUCAGCAAUGUGGACACUACACUCAGAUGAUUUGGGCGACAACGAACAUGGUGGGUUGUGGAAUUCAUUUCUGUAGGAAGGUAGCGUUCUGGAGACGAGGUGACGCUUACUAUGUCGUAUGCAACUACGGCCCAGGAGGAAACAUCAAUGGAGCUCGACCAUACGAGGUUAAAACUAGUGGAAGUGGCAAUACUGGAAACAGUAACGGCAGCAUAAACAGUAGGAGGAAACAGCCAAUCAGAACAGUUAUAACACGUACUAAGGGUAGCAGUAGGAGAAGAGGGAACAGAAGGAAGAUGAGAUCACGCCGCCGUCGCCGAUAGGUGUCGCUGUUAUAGUGAACUCUUACAUGUAUUGUUUUAUGUGAUUUUGUAUUAGGUACCAGUCCGAAGUUUUAUCAUGGCCACUACCAUGUAGUCUAACAUCUAAGUGAUGAUUUUUUUUUAUUUAUGUUGAUUUACGUUUACAUUGUUACGUGAACUACGAACGUGGGCAUGAAGUUUGAAUCGAAUGAUUUUGUGUGAUAAAAAUUUGCCGUAGUGGAAGAAGAAAUCACUGGGGGAAAACAUUUUAUUUUAGUUGUAUUUUUAUUGUUUUCGUGACGUCAGCAUGAAUAAAAAUAUUUACGGCAUAGUCAGACGACUAAUUAUGAACAAAGGAAACAUUGAGUGCAUUA